AUGGCUGAUUCAUUGACUGAAGAGCAAGUUUCUGAGUACAAGGAAGCCUUCUCCUUGUUUGACAAAGAUGGCGAUGGCCAGAUCACGACCAAAGAACUGGGAACAGUAAUGCGCUCCCUUGGCCAGAACCCAUCCGAAUCUGAACUGCAGGAUAUGAUCAAUGAGGUUGAUGCCGAUAACAAUGGAACCAUUGACUUCCCAGAAUUCCUUACCAUGAUGGCGCGAAAAAUGAAAGAUACUGAUUCAGAGGAGGAGAUCAGAGAAGCGUUUAAGGUCUUUGAUCGAGACAACAACGGCUUCAUCUCUGCCGCCGAACUCCGUCACGUGAUGACCUCGAUUGGCGAGAAAUUAACGGACGAUGAGGUGGAUGAGAUGAUCCGCGAGGCAGACCAGGAUGGGGAUGGAAGAAUCGACUAUAAUGAAUUUGUGCAGCUCAUGAUGCAGAAAUAG